CAUCUUGAUUGCUUCCUUCCAGUGUAGUGGUAACAGAGUCAAAACUUUGAAAAUUGUGCCACUGUCCAAAUACUUAUGGACCUGGCUGUACAUAGGAAACCUUUAGGCCUGACUUUAACCUCGCUUUGUCCGAGCAAGUCGGUCAUCAGGAAAGUUUAUGUGCGUGUGCGUUAGGGGAAGUUCAAGUGCUCUUUUAGGAACUUCCUGUUCUUGUCUGAUAUGGUUUAUGUGCUUUAUUCAAAAUUUCAGUAGGUGUUUUUACAAACCACAGAUGCUUUUACGUUGCUGUUUCAGGUGUUUUUUUGUUUUGUUUUCUUAAGACUGCCCAAACUUUUUUUUUUCCUACAUUUUCAGCUAAUAUAAAUCUUAAAUCGGUGGCAGAAAUGAAAAAAAUCUGAGCUUUGGAAUCUGAUUUCAACGUGAACGUGACCACUUAAACUAGUUAUUCCUUUCAAAUUGUAAAUGUAUCAGACAGUAAUGAACACUACUGGCAUGUAUUAACCAGCCUAUGUAUUAAUUAACCGCUUCGAAGCAACGAAGUUGUAAGAAAAUCGUCCUGAGCUCACGUUACAUUUACAGUUUGAGUUCCGAGGCAUUGCUCUAGGAUUGCAUUAGCCAUUGUAAGGAGGAAUGUCUGACUCUAACUUCAGGGAAGGGGAAAUACGCGCAGCCAAAUUUCGUAGGUUUUGAUCGUCGAAUACUUUAUAAUUCAAAUUAUAUAUGGAUUUACACAUUAAACUAGUAUCUAACACACUUGCCUAAAGAAAGGUCAUAUCUAUUAUGUGAAGAAAAUGUUUAUUUUGAUAGGUGGCAACCAGCCUACCCUCCUCACAGAAAUGGUACAGUCGGUUGCUAUGUUCGUUCGCCAGUAUUGCUGUUCUCCAGCUGAGGCUGUUGAUUAUGGAGAUGUGCGCGAGCUGAAAAUUUUUUAAUAAUAACGGCAAUUUCAAUAUCAAUCCUGACUUUGCGAAUAUGUCCGGCAUAAAUAAGACGAAUGGAAAGUCUAGUUUGGUCGGUCCGCCCGUGAGCUGUUCACGCUUGCGGCAAGUUCAGGCUCUCCUGAAGGCUGAUGGCGAAACCGUUCCAGAUGGCAUCCUCUGCACGCUGGGUAUCGACAGCCGUUAUAACGAGGGCUGUAGUGAGUUGGCCAGCUACCUUUUCUUUGGUCUGUAUCAGCACAACCAGAAGCAGCUCUGUGAGGACUUUCCUGAGGAGGUGCUGGAUGACGUGAUCCUACUCAUAAAGGCAGAGAGUGUGCACCUGUAUUGUAACCCUGUGAAUUAUAGCUACUUGCUUCCUUACAUUUCCCACUGGAGGAAUCUGCACCUGCACUGCAUGACUGAGGCAGAGUACGAGGACGAGGAAGCCGCAGAAGAGUUUAAAAUCUCCAGUUUUGUUUCUAUGGUCGAAGACUGCAGUUGCAUUGGAAUACCCUACAGCUCUCAAAGUCAUGUGCAGAAGUUUGAUAUGUUCAUGUUAGAGAAGUGGCCUAUUAUUCAAGCAUUCGCUCUGGAAGGAAUAGGAGCUGGUGGUUUUUUCACCAUGAAAUACAAGCUGACUGAUAUGAGUGAGAAUCUUUGGGAGAUUUAUGGAAGACUAGACCCGGUGUCUUUGGACUAUCUGCUCAAUGAGGAUUUGCUGUUGUUUGAGAAGCAGUGGAGCUGCUUGUUUACCAGCGUGAACACAGAGAGCCCGCUGAGCAUGCAGGAGAUGUCAGAGGCUCAGACGGCAGAGCCAUUCAGAACAUAUUACUCCUAUGGUCUCAUUUCAAGUAAUAUCACAGAUAAAAGCAAAAGCCGACAGCCAUAUGUGCUGUUUGGGAGUCACUCGUCCAAAGAUGACCUGGAAAACUAUUGCUUCACCUUCCCCUCUGAGGGCCAUCAGGUCCGUAACACUGGGCCUUGUGGAAGUGCUGCAAAACACAUGCUGCUUCAGUGUGUAGCUCCUAAAGGUCCACUGACCUGUGCAAGAACAUAUUUCUUUGGCAGUACCCAUGUCCCAUACCUGGGGAAUGAAAAUAGCACCACGCAGAAGUCGUCAGAAGUCAUGCUGCUUACACAGAUCUACACAGCUGUUGUUCAGUCAGUGCUGGCAGGAAUCAAAUGCUUCUCCAUCAACUCCAGUACAAGCAAGGCAAAGGAUGUAGCAGAGCAAACAUUUCAUCUGGCUUUGGAAACCUUUGGGAUGCUUCAGUACAGGAGUGCUCUCAGGUCUAAAGCAGUAUUCAGCAUCGAAGCUGUGAACAAUGCGGGCAGAGUUAUACCUCUCACUGAUGAGCACAGUCGCUUUCUGGUCAAAACUGCCUCCAUGGUAGUGUAUGAUAUUCCAGAUCUCCAGUGGGGUGGAGGGGACCUGGGAUCUGUUGUUUUCUCUGAGUCUUUCCUGGAGUCUAGCAUCUACAUUCAGCAGAGGGAUGGAGCGCUUGCAUCAAACAGCUUUUUCACUUUACUUACCUCUUCAGUCCCUCGCUAUAUCUCCUGGAUGGUGGAUGACACUGAUGUGAAAUUUUCUGAGCAAGCUCUGCAUUUGUUGAAGGAGGAGAAUGGGACAUUUUUAGGGGUUCCUCUAACAACCAAACACUCAGCACAGGUGUUCUCUAACAGUUUGCUUUCUACACCUGAAGAAGGGAAGCUGGUGUUUUUCUCAGAGGGCUUAUUGAUUGUUCAUCCGUCUUAUGGCAUCAUCACUCUUUCCAAGAAUCAUAUCAGAAACAUCAAAGUUUAUGAUGGGGACUCUUUCUCUGCUGUUACCAUGCUGUUUAUUGAGUAUGAGUCCUCUCUGCUUCCGCACCUUCCUUUUCCUCUACACAGUGCUGACUGUUGUCUGGCCAUCUCUCUGAUGCCCAAAACCAAGGGUUACAAAGACUUUUACUCACAGGUCCUGCAGGUUUGGAAUGAGCCUGAUUCUAAGCUCCAUGUGCAGCAUGUUGCCCAAGACCAACUGAGUCUGAACCAGAUGAGCAUGUACUCCAGAUUGCUGAAGCUUCAUGAGGCACAUGGUUCAUAUGCAUUAAAUACCAGAGCAACCCUGAAGACUGCUUAUCCAGACCUGCCGGAUAUGGACAGGUUUAUGAAGCACUUUGCUAUCAGUAGUAGCAUCUGCGAGGAGUCUGUGUACAGUGAACACCUAGGAGUGCUUUUCCCAAACACACUGCCCAAAUCAGCUGCUCCUGAGUCAGAGCAAAAGGUGGUCGUUUCGAUCAUUACAGGCUUACCAGGCAGCUUUAAAGAAAGCUUGUGUGAUUUUUUGGUGGAUAUGAAUCAAGAAUGUGGCAGGUGGGAGGUGUACCGCCCUGACUUGGACUCAAAAGAUCUGUGUGUGCCACAUCUCCAACGGUUCCUGAGUAGCCUAAUGGCCAAAACAACUGAUGCAUAUUUAAACGCCCCAAGAGUGCUGCUACUGACACCAGGGUACACAGACGUGUUGGAUAUGGUUCAAGCUGUCAUAUGUCAUCCAGACCCACGGGUUCAGAGCAGAGUGUGUGUGGGUGCUGUCACAGCCUGUGUCAACCCACUAACAUCCUUCAUGGAACACAGGCUUCUCUUCCCCAAACUCCUGGAGCAGUGCAGUCACGGUGUAGUGAAUAACGUGGUGUUUACGGGUUUGACUGCUGAGCAGAAGCACCCUCUGUUGAAAUACCUACAGCAGCUCAUCCGCUCAGCGAAUCCCAACGCAGCCUUUAUCCUAGCCGAGAGAGGAGCUGUGACAAGAACGGAGGAUAUGCGGCUGAUUCUGAGUGGCAGCAGUUUCUAUCAUUCUCAGAUGAUCAGAACUAGAUACCUGCUCUACCCUGGCUGGUGGGAGGGCAGGUUUGUGUCUGGUUGUGGAUCUGUAUCGAUGUCUCAACACUGUGUACAGUUCAGUCGUCCUCUAGAAAGAUCCUUAUUUCUGCAUUGCUGCAAAGGAUUAAAGUCAUCCCUCAGAGGCAGCCCUUUCACAGGAAACAUCUAUCACAUCAGUGGAAAAGUGCUCUUCUCUGACAGUGACAGGUUGUGGAAGGUGAGCUGUAACUCCAUCAGUGGAAAUGUGACCGUGGCCCUUGAUCAGGUCUCAGCCCGUAGCCCCCAAAUUACACAAACUUGUUACCUGCUGUUCCAUGGUGUAGGACUCACCCAAAAUUGCCUGAAGGACUGGCUCAGACAAUGUGCUAAACAGAAAGUACCAAAGAAAGCAAAGAAGACCAGGAGUACUCUUACAGCACAGGAGAUUAGAAAUAUCCAUAUGAAGAGGCACUUGGAACCACUCCCUCCUGGUUACUUCUAUAAUGGCCAUCAGUUUGUCAGUUUCUUUGGAGAGAAGCAGAACUUCCAUCCUUUAAUGGACCAGUUUGUAGAGGAAUAUCUGCAGGAGGCCAAUAAGGAGAUUGAGUGCUUUAACAGUGAGGUGGACCUGUAUGCACCCAGGGAUCUCUUUGACUAGAGUCUUUCCUCUGUCCUUUUUAGCACAGGAUGGGGUUUCACUCCAGGUUCAAUGAUGUCUCCAAUCAGUUGUUCACUCUACUAUCCACACAAUAUUAAGGGGAUAACUAAGACACUGGGGGAGGGAGGGGUUGGCCACUUCAUAAAUCCACACCAUAAAUUCAGGGAAAAGCACUGCAGUGUAGAGAUGAUGAGAGAUCUUCACCCAGCUCACUACCACUCUGUACUACUUCCUGAGAGACAUUCCUUCUGUAAAUAAUACAUUUAGCAUAUAAUGAGAAGAAACCAAGUGCAUGUUAAGAUGUGGCACGAGUUCAUAUGUAUAUUAAAAUAGUCAUAAAAGCUUUAUGCUACAUUCAUAAUUGUGGCAAUAUAUUUCUAAGAUCAUCUUAACCACCUUGUGGAGAUCUUUGUGCUCUGAUGCAUUUAAAUCAAGCCUCUCUAAUGUAUUAAUCUGUUCACACAUAUAACUCUGCGUGUAGGUUUAGUAUUGCUGGGACAUAACAGAUUUGGGUACUCUUCAGUUGAAUUCUCACUUUCUAGUAAGCUUCAUCAUAAUGUAUAUAAUGUGAAUAUACUAGUGAGGAGUUCCUGUAGAUAUCGCUAUAGCUAGAGAGGUAAUUCCAGUACUAUUUACACAAAGAGUAAGUGCUAGGAUCGUAGCUAAAUGCUAAUGGAGUUUGUCAGCGGGGGCAAACUUGCACUAACAGGAGAAGGCUCAGAAGACCACAUCCAGGGGAGUGCAGAUGGGGAGACAGAUGUGAUGUUCCAUCAGUCUGUAGACUCCAGCUGUGGUGAUCAUCUCUCAUCUGUGACAGAGCUCAGACACCUGAAGUGGCCAAACAAGAAAAUUCCACCAGGUUGGGGGGGGGGGUUGGAUUUGCGGUAAGGGCAAGAUGGUUACGGAAGGGGCAAUAAUCACACAGAGUUUGGUGGGAAUCUGAGUUUUCAGUUGAGUGGGAGCUUGGGCUGUAGAAUUAGUUUUUGAUCUGUAGCAACAAAGUAGAGACUUGUCUCCAUGUGGGAUGAAGGCCUUGUCAAGCCUAUUUUCCAAUUAAUGCGUGUAGGGGUUGAGGAGAGUCGUAUGUUAACUUUCUUUGACUAAAUUGUGGUUAAUGCGUGUUUAUUAGAGCCUGUAGCAGUGAAUCUAAUGCGUCAUGUGGUUUGCAGGCAGAUUUAGCUCUUCACCUGGGGUUUCACUCCUCUAUGCAUGUUUACUCAAACUAAAUACACACAGCAGGGGAGAAGCAGUGUCAUUCUCAAACAUGCAUUCUGAUAUUGGCAUCUAUACGACAAGUAUUAAAGAAGCCAGAAGUAUAGCGCUUCGAAAGUGAAUAUUAAAUGAAAGAAAUGUUUGCUGUGAAAGGGAGUGGGGAUGCACUUCCAAAGAAAUUCAGACAUUGCUGCUCCUCUCUGUGCUGCAAGAAUAAAGGGUAUAGUAG